GGGAGGGUCCUGCGGGCCGGGGGGGCGGGCGCGGCGCGCCCCCUCCCUGGCGCGCUCGCUCCCUCCCCCGCGCGCCCUCCCUCGCCGCCUCCUCCCGCCGCCUGCGGCCCCCCCUCGCCGGGGACCGAGCGCGCUCGCUCCGGCGCCGGCCUCGCCUCCUCGCAGCAGCGCCAUGGAUGAGUUCCACCCGUUCAUCGAGGCCCUGCUGCCUCACGUCCGCGCCUUCGCCUACACCUGGUUCAACCUGCAGGCGCGGAAGCGCAAGUACUUCAAGAAGCACGAGAAGCGGAUGUCGAAGGACGAGGAACGUGCGGUCAAGGACGAGCUGCUGGGCGAGAAGCCCGAGGUCAAGCAGAAGUGGGCGUCGCGGCUGCUGGCCAAGCUGCGCAAGGACAUCCGGCCCGAGUGCCGCGAGGACUUCGUGCUGAGCAUCACCGGCAAGAAGGCGCCGGGCUGCGUGCUCUCCAACCCCGACCAGAAGGGCAAGAUGCGGCGCAUCGACUGUCUCCGGCAGGCGGACAAGGUGUGGCGGCUGGACCUGGUCAUGGUCAUCCUGUUCAAGGGCAUCCCGCUGGAGAGCACCGACGGCGAGCGCCUGGUCAAGGCUGCGCAGUGCGGCCACCCGGUCCUGUGCGUGCAGCCGCACCACAUUGGCGUGGCCGUCAAGGAGCUGGACCUCUACCUGGCCUACUUCGUGCGUGAGCGAGACGCAGAGCAAAGCGGCAGUCCCCGGACAGGGAUGGGCUCUGACCAGGAGGACAGCAAACCCAUCACGCUGGACACGACCGACUUCCAGGAGAGCUUUGUCACCUCCGGCGUGUUCAGUGUCACUGAGCUCAUCCAAGUGUCCCGGACACCCGUGGUGACCGGAACAGGACCCAACUUCUCCCUGGGGGAGCUGCAGGGGCACCUGGCAUACGACCUGAACCCAGCCAGCACUGGCCUCAGAAGAACGCUGCCCAGCACCUCCUCCAGUGGGAGCAAGCGGCACAAAUCGGGCUCGAUGGAGGAAGACGUGGACACGAGCCCUGGCGGCGAUUACUACACUUCGCCCAGCUCGCCCACGAGUAGCAGCCGCAACUGGACGGAGGACAUGGAAGGAGGCAUCUCAUCCCCGGUGAAGAAGACAGAGAUGGACAAGUCACCAUUCAACAGCCCGUCCCCCCAGGACUCUCCCCGCCUCUCCAGCUUCACCCAGCACCACCGGCCUGUCAUCGCCGUGCACAGCGGGAUCGCCCGGAGCCCACACCCGUCCUCCGCUCUGCAUUUCCCUACGACGUCCAUCCUACCCCAGACGGCCUCCACCUACUUCCCCCACACGGCCAUCCGCUACCCACCUCAUCUCAACCCCCAGGACCCGCUCAAAGAUCUUGUCUCGCUGGCGUGCGACCCAGCCAGCCAGCAACCUGGACCGUUAAAUGGAAGUGGUCAGCUCAAAAUGCCCAGCCACUGCCUUUCUGCUCAGAUGCUGGCACCUCCGCCCCCGGGGCUGCCACGGCUGGCGCUCCCCCCUGCCACCAAACCCGCCACCACCUCCGAGGGAGGAGCCACGUCGCCGACCUCGCCUUCCUACUCUCCGCCCGACACGUCCCCUGCAAACCGUUCCUUUGUGGGAUUAGGACCAAGGGAUCCUGCGGGCAUUUAUCAGGCACAGUCCUGGUAUCUGGGAUAGCAAAGGUCUUCUUCCCUCGCCCCUUCUCCAUCGUCCCAGGAAUCCCAGGGGGGCAGCACAGCCGGCCCCCGGCCCACGUUUUCGGUGGAAAAUUAGAGUGAACAAGAACACCCCUGCCGACUCCCAGCCCGGCCAAAAAGACAAAACACAUAGACGCACACACGCAGGAGGAAAAGAAAAAAAGGAAAAAGAAGAAGAAGAAAAAAUAAAAACCCACCCAAGCAAGAAGACAAAAGGUAAAGACGCAACGUUUCCAACUCUCGGACGCCAAGGCCGCAGGACUGGAGGGCCAGGCCCCGCCACCCCCACGGGAGACCCGGGACAGGGCGUCUUCCUAAGUUAUUCAUCUCCUCUCCGCCUGCUGCUCGGGAAGGACAGACGCCGGCCGCCCGCCCGCGCCCCGGAGGCCCUGGCUCUGUCCGGAGACCAGGUGAGCACAGCCUGGAGCCUGUGCCCAGGGCCGACAGGCGCGACACCCAGCAAGGCCACCUCUCCCCGGGCCCCCGCGCCUCUGCCGGACACGGACCGGCCCCUCACCCCCCACCGAGGACGCAGCCAUUGGGGGGAAAGGGAGACACAGCGGACCCCGACCGGGCAGCGGAGACCGCAGAGGCGGGCAGGGUGGGGCAGGCGAGUGGUGUCACGGGGGUGCGUGGCGCUUGCUAGCCCUGGCCAGGGGAGGAAGUGAGGCCCAGGCACCUGCUGCCCCUCGAGGGGGCCCUGCCUGCCGUGGGGCCUCCCCACAAGCCCCUCCCAAAGCGCCGGCCGACUCGCUGUCUCGCUGGGGACUCUUUCAGCCCUCGCGCCCGCCCGUUUGGGAGGAGAAGUCUCUAUGCAAUUGGCCCCGGCCCCCCCACCCCCCACCCCGGCAUAGGAGGCCCCCCCCCCACCUCGCCCGGCUCACACCCCCAAAGGGAGGGACCCACAUUGCACACACUGUAAGAAAUGCACUUUCCGAGGAAGGGGAUGGGGGAGCCCGGACACCCAGAGCUCCCCGAGUUGGGGGUGCCCGUCUGGAGCGCCCCCGUCAGCCCCUGGCGGUGGGAGGUGAGAGCGAGUGGUUUAAGUGCCUGAUUCCCACCACCCGCCCCCCCCUUUGUCCAGCUGGGAGGCGGAAUGGCCGCGGGCCUCCUCCCCCUCCCCUCCAGCCUCUCCACCAGCCCCUCCAGUCAACCCUCAUCGCCGUGCCCCCCCAGAGCUAGAGAGAUGGGGCCCCUACGUGGCCCGAGGGGCAGAGCUGGGCGUCACUUCCCAAGCGUCCUGCCCUGCCGGGGCACGGGGGUGGGCUCUGGGGAAGCCGGUGCGCCCCCCACGCCUCCGCUGCCAGUGCCUUACAUUCUGGAGCGACCCCCCUCCCUGGUGCCUCCCAGCGAAGGGGGACAGCCGUUUGCACUUUCAUCGCCUCCCCCGACGCGGGGCCCAGCUGGGGGACGUGCAUCACGGCUGGGCCCCCAGAGGAGAGAGGAGGCCGACGCCAGCGGUCCCCGCUCGGAACGGGGAGGGUUUUCGGGGGGUUCGGCGUCGCACCUCGGGGCCCCCCGCGGCCGUGUAGGGGGCCUCCCAUCUGCUAAGCGUUUUUCCGUUGAGCCGCUCCAAAAACACUAAGCUGGGGACGCCAGGUGCCCCCCCACCCCGGCUCCCUGGCCCCAUCCACACCUCCACCCCCACCCCAGGAUCGCCAUCUUUAGGGGAGGCCUGGGAGGGGGUGUUAGGUGUUUUAGGGCCACCGAGCUCAAACACAAGGACCCCUCCCCGGCCCACCCAGCGCAGCCCCAACUGACCUCCAUGCCUAGGGAAAAACUCCCCCCACCACGGCCCCCUCCCCCGACCCAGGCCAAAGCCAGGGCAGGUCUCCGGGUCUCACCUGCUCCUAGCCUCACCCCCCUGCCCCCGAAAACCAGACUCUCCUCCCAAACUAGCCUCAGGAGCUUGGCGAACCCGCUCGCUCCUAAAGAGAAAGACCCAGGACCCUCCCCCAUCACCCCCAAGAGAGGUUCGCCAUCCUCUGGCCUCGAGCCCUUGGUCCCUCCGUCCGUCUGUCCUCGGGGCCCGCUCCCCCGGUGGCCCUUGGGGAUCAAAGCGUGGGCCGCUCUCCAGGAGGGCGGGCGGGGGAGGGGGUGGUCGGGUUGUGCCAUUGGGGUGUCCGGAAGCUUCUCAGCCAGGGUGGGGGUCGUGGAGUGGGGGAGGGAGGCCAGCCGGGCUCCAGAGGGGUCAGGGCGCGACGAGAACCAACUCUUUACCUAACUUUGCAUGGUGCUUAGUCAAGGACUCCUGCGACCUGGCUCCCGAGGUCAGCUGGCGGCGCUGACACACAUGCAUGGCAGACUAUCCCUGGCUCUAUCUCCCUGUCCCUCGCCCCCUCCACCCCCCACUUCUUCUUUAAAAAAAAAAAAAAAAAAAAAAAAAAGAUACAAAAAAAAACCUUUAAAAAAAUUCCAUGUUUCCUAAUUUGCACGAAAUUUUCUACCACAAGAUGUGCCUUGCCUUCCGAGAAUAAGUAUUACCUUUAAACAAUAUCAGCGCACACACAUAGCUGCAUGUUCUGCUCGUGUAGUUAAAAAAAAAAAAGACAAAACAGUGACAUGAAAUAAAAAAUAAAAAUUGAAAAGGGAUGUAUUUCUAUUUGUAAAAAAAUAAAAUAAAAAAUAAGAAAGUGAGAAUCUAGAAAAAAAAAAAAAAAAAGGAAGAAAAACCACGCUAAAAAUCAAGCCACUGAAAACAAUUGCCCCCAGGUCUACCCAGCCCCUGGCUGUCCUUGGUCCUGUCUCCCCUCCUGCUGUAUUCAGGGGUGCCCCCUGGUGCUCAGCCUCUACCACCCUCAACCCUGCUCUUGGGUACCCAGAGGGGUCAUUUCUGAAUCCCUUGCCCAGAGGACAGACCUCCGGGGCCCAUCUUGGCCCUGGGAAAGGGCUCUCCUCUCUGAUUGGUCCCUAGGCCACGGGCCGGCCCCCAGACACCAUUCACCGACCCACUGCAGGCUGUCCUCCAACCAUGGGGUGGCCACCCCACCCGCAGCCAGACUCCCCACUCCCCACUUUUCAUGCAGGCUGGCAUACCCCUGGCUCAGGGUCAAAUGCUGUUCCACACCCACCUCAGAGGCACCCCCUCUCCCCUGCCCAGUGCAUCCCCACCCUUCUUGCCAAAGGACCUCUUUUCCCCUAUCCAGAGACCACCCCAGGUGGCAUUCUCUCCCACCCUCUCCUUUGUCCCCCAUCCCCUGUCUCUGUCUUCCAGCUGUGAAUAUGAAGGGUAUCCGGUAUGAAACAAAAACAAAACCUGAUAUAUGCAAUAUCUGUCUGUCCGUCUGUACCCACGGGCCUGGCUCAGCCAUUGGAGGCCCAGCCGAGGGUCCGGCAGGGCACAGGGACAGCCAGGCGGCACCGAGUCACAGGCUGUGGUCCGGUGGCUGAGCAUGCUGUUGUCUUGUCCUUGAUUUUAUUUUCUUUUGUUCUUUUUUCUUUUCUUUUCUUUUUGUUUUUAACUCCAGCUUCCUUUGCUUUUUACUUGACCAAAGCUAAGACAAUAGCCAGAUGGUUAGUGGGGCAGCCAGGCAGGGAGGACCAGGGCUGGGAUUUUCCAACCUUAGGCCAUUCCUGCAGCCCUCACCUCCUCCAGCCCCUCCAAGCAUCUCAUGUAGGGGACCCACGCAGAUGGUCCCAUUCAUCCACUAUUGCCCCCAACCCCGGGAUUUUGGGUGGUCUCCACAGCCAACAUCAUACACUCAUCCCGUGUUUUCUUCCAAAAAGCCACCUCAGCAGCCUCCCCAGGCAACACAGAGGGAGAGCCCAGACCACCACAGCUGGCCACGACAUUGCCCUUAAGUAAUAUGCAUUGGCCAGAGAGCCCGGGCUGGCUGUGCACAGCAUCCAUGUAGCUGAUUUCUAGCUUUUUUUUUUUUCUGCCCCCCUCCUGAGCAAAUCUGUCUUGCCAGGGAACUAGGGGCAACCGGAGGCAAAGGGAGUGGGUGGCCCCAUCACUAUUGGGACCAUCGCGUCCCUGCACAGCCUACACCCGGGGGCCCAGAGUCCUGGGCUGGACGCCACCCUGCUCACCCCGAGCUUGCCUCCUGGGCUUACUUGGCACCUUGGCUGAGUAUAGCAGGCAAAAGCCCAUACCAGGCAGCAUGUUGUGGAUGGUUUAGUUCUUCCCGCCUCCCUGUUUCUUGGAAAAGCUACAGGGUCCCUGUAGGGCAAAAUUCCCAGGCGCCUUGCUGCAGACAGAGUAAGACAAAAACACCAGGAAGCGGGAUUCCGUGCCCAUCUCUGCAGUUUGGGUUCACAAAAGGGGGUGCCAUCAUCCCUGGGUGGAGGAGGGAGUGUUGGUUUUUUUUUUUUUUUUUUUUUUUACAUGUAUGAAACUGACAUCUUCUCAAAUCUUGUUCCACCCCCCUCUGGAAGCCCCCAUCACCCACCCCUGCUAUGGACACCACACCUAUGCCAGGCCCCCCCCCCACCCCAGUCUCAUUCUGGGGUCUGCCCAUGCUGUGGGAAAGAAUAGGGAGGUCUCCCAAAUAUAUGCAAAUUGUCCCCAUUCCGUGGGGGCACCUGACAAUGACCCGGGUGGAGAUGGGGCAUGGAGGAGUAGGAAGACCCAGCCCUAUUUGACUGGGGAGAGGAGGAUCUGGAGUCCUUUAUGCCCAGGUCUGGAACCCAGGUUCUGACCCCAGGGCCCCACCCUGGGCUGGACAAUCAGAUCCCAAAGGAAUGCCAAAGGGGACUCAGUUGGGAGAGCCGCUUAGGGGCCAGACCUGGGUCCCCCUGCAGGUCCCCAGGCAGCAGACAAUUCCACCUUCCCUGCCCCAGGACCUUGAGAGACAGCAGCAUCCCAGGCACAGACAGACUUGGCUGCACCCCACUGUCCCUUGCAAGACAGGUUCUGGAGCCAGGAGCAACUGUCCAGCCCUCCAGAAGAGACAGCAAGCAGCCCCCCUACCCACCCUGGCCUCCCCAAUGGUACUUUGACCUCCAGUGUAGGGCUAUACUAUACAUAUAUAUAUAUAUAUAUAUAUAAUUUUGGAAUUUGUUUCUCAUAAUACAGAAUAUACAGUGGCUACCUUGUAUCUUGGUCUGGAUUCUCUCUCUGAGACCCCGGAUUUUACUUUCUCUUUCGAGGGCGCUGGGACAUACAUCUCUCAAUCCAGCUUCCUCCGCAUCCUCCCAUCUUUCCCCAUUUCUGCCACGUCAGACACUUCCUGAGAGUCUCACCUCCAAACUGACACCGCUGCCCAUCCAUUGCUCAGUGGUACAGAGUGUGGGGUCAGUCCACCACCCUUGACCUCCCAGCAGGGCAAGGUGAGGAGGCGGACCCAAAGCAGUACCAGCAGGACUUGUUGCCAGUGAUACCAAAACAGACUUUUCCCAAGCAGUGCCUCACAUGUCUGCUGGUGUGGCUUUGGGAUUCUCCUACCCCACCCCCGUCCAUGGCAGCCCCCUCCCCAAGGCUUUGCUCACACCUGAGACAGGAAGGAGGAAGGGGAUCCAAUAGGAAUAAGGGCCCCGGAGAGGAAGUCAUGCACCCCCAAGCCACCACCCCCCAGCCUUCCACGCACAUCUCCUGGCUGGAAGGGAGCCCUCCAAAAAGGGGACACAGGCUGCCCCGGCCCCUCAACUGCAUCCACACCCCAUCCUCUCAUCUUGGGUCCCAGCCAGGCCCCCCCAAAACCAAAGCCCCCUCAAGUCCUGGGGUCCCAGCCUGUGCCCCCAGCUUGCUGCCCACCCAGCCCCGAGCAUUCUCACACAGAGAAAGAACAAGCAAGGGCUCUAGGGGGACAGGAUGGGGCAGGGCAUACAGUGGGGGGUCGGGAGGCAGCUGGGAGGAGGGAGGGACAAAACAAAACAUUUUCCUUUGGGUUUUUUUUUUCUUUUUUUCCCCCCUUUACUCUUUGGGUGGUGUUGCUUUUCCUUUCCUUUUCCCUUUGAGAUUUUUUUGUUGUUGUUUCCAUUUUGUAUUUUACUGAUAUCACCAGGAUAGUUUACUCUCCUUCUAGCUUUCUGCUUACCGCACACCGGAUAACACACACAUACACACCCACAAAAAUGCUCAUGAACCCAAUCCGGAGAAGGUUCCAGCGGGUCCCCCACCCUCCCCUCCUCCUCCUACUUCUCCUCUUGACAGCGAGGACAGGAGGGGGACAAGGGGACACCUGGGCAGACCCGCCGGCUCUCCCCCCACCCCACCCCACCCCUCACAUCAUACUCCAGUCAUAACCUUGUAUAUUACGCAGUCAUUUUGGUUUUCGCGGACGCGCCUACCUAAGUACCAUUUACAGAAAGUGACUCUGGCUGUCAUUAUUUUGUUUAUUUGUUCCCUAUGCAAAAAAAAAAUGAAAAUGAAAAAAGGGGGAUUCCAUAAAAGAUUCAAUAAAAGACAAAAAAAAAAAGAAAAAAGAAAAAAUGUAUAAAAAUUAAACAAGCUAUGCUUCGACUCUU